CGGACGGUGUGGCUGGAGCAGAUCUCCAUGUGGUCAGCAGACAGUCAGAGGGGUGGCGGUGCGCCUCCUUCAUCGGACCUUCUCCAGAUCUUCUUCGGCUCUUCUCAGGAUCUUCAGUGGAUCUUCUCCAGAUCUUAUUCAGAUCUUCUGCAGAUCUUCUGCAGACCUCCUCCAGAGCUCCAUGCCAUUGGCUCUGCGCUCCAGACAGGUGCGGCUGCGGGUGUCCAGGAACAGGAACAGGAAGGGAGGGCGGGAGAACGGGGCAGGUCUCAGGAGCGGAGGAGGCUGUCUGGGGUGGGUGCAGCUCUCUCUCUCUCGCUCUCUCUCUCUCUCUCUCUCUCUCUCUGUCGUUCCGCCGGGCGCCUGGACUCGAGGUCGGAGCCGGAGCAGCGCGUCCGUCGACAAUGGCUGCAGGAGACGUGCGAUACUGCGAGCGGAUCUCCUACCUCUUCCUCAAGAUCCUACUCAUCGUGUACGCCACCAUCUUCUGGAUGAUUGGCGGAUUCAUCCUGGCCAUCGGCAUAUAUGCAGAGGUGGAGCGUCAGCGCUAUAAGACUCUCGAGGGGGUCUUCCUGGCCCCUGCCAUCAUCCUCAUCGUCCUGGGGUUGGUCAUGUUCUUCGUCUCCUUCAUCGGCGUGCUGGCAUCCCUCAGAGACAACUUGUGUCUUCUGAAAGUGUUCCUCUACACCCUGACGGUGUGUCUGAUGCUUGAACUCUUCGGCGGGAUCCUGGCCCUGAUGUUCAGAAACAAGACAGUUGACCUCUUAAAUAAAAACAUCCGUAAAGGAAUGGUGAACUACUACGACGAUCUGGAUUUCAAGAACAUUAUGGACUUUGUUCAGAGAAAGUUCAAGUGCUGCGGAGGCCAGGAGUACAAGGACUGGGAAGUGAACAUGUAUCACAACUGCUCUGCUCCUGGACCAUUAGCGUGCGGAGUUCCUUACACCUGCUGCGUGAACGUUAAGUCAAACGAAGUUGUUAACACUCUGUGUGGAUUCGAGGUCCUCAAAAAGGAGCGUCUGGAGCUCAUGGACGUUGUGUACACGCGAGGCUGUACUGAUGCAGUCUUCAUCUGGCUUAUGGACAACUGUACGACCAUGGCUGUAAUCCUGCUCAGUAUUUUACUUCCACAGUUCUUUGGUGUGAUCGUCAGCUGGCUCUACAUCACCCGAGUGGAGGACGCCAUCGCCGAGUUUGGGAACUACCCGGAUAGUUUCCUCCUGGACGGCAACCGAACACUAAAACACCAGGGCAGGGUGGCCAGGUGCUGCAGGUGCCUGCCUGAGUUGGACUGAGUUGAGCGGCACCUGUUUCCACCUUUUUAAUCCAGGAGUUGUUUUUUCUCCUUGUCCACAGAAGGAGCUGGGGGAAGGGGCAUGGCUUCCUAGUGCUUGUAAUGUUUAUAAAAUGUAUGGGAAAAGGGAUGGUUAUCUGUAAUUUGUGCUGAAGAAAUAGAAGGUUUCCAGCAGUCGAUUACUGAUUGACAUAAUUUUCUUGUUUCUUUUUCAAUUCUUGUCUUUUGAUGGUUUUUGUUUGGUUUUGUCAGAGCUAGCUAAAAGCUCAUUAAUACAAGGGAAAAGCAAACGAACUUCUCAGCAGAUAUCAGGUGCGACCAGUGUGUGAGCUCCGUAAACAGGAAAUGACUUUUAUUGAACGCACGUGAUCUCAGUUGUGUAUCGGUGCAUCGAAAACCCCUUUUAAAAAGACUGUUUUUAGCGUAUGGGGUGUACGAGAAUGGAAAGAAUUUCGGCUGUUGCCUUCAAGAAGGUGCAUUUUGUAUGUUUGCAAUGUAUUUCAAAGAGAUGUGAGGUGCCAAAACUUUCCCGUUAAUCACGUGGCUCGUAAUUUAGACCGACUGGUGUCUGGAAAUGCGCCUUUACGAUGCUGGAAGUUAUUUUAAGGAACCAGACUGAUGGUGCCAUCUUUUCUCAGGUAGCGGCAGGUUGCUAUAAAACGGCCUGAGAUUUAUGAAUAUGAGUAAUGUGUUUACACACGCGUACACAGCUCUCUCACAGACAGAGCAAACCCCGCAGCGGGUAUUGCAGGAAAGAGCUUUAAAAAGCCUUAAUCUCACCUGUUUUUGGCACGGGCCACCAAAACACCACAGCCACGGUGCCAGGUGGCCAACUAUGCAAGUAGCCAUUCCAGUUUAGCCUUUAAGAGCUGAGGUUCUUCAGGAGCAAUUACAUCUUUACGCCUCGAAGAUCCUAGUUAAUGGACCUAGAGAAGCGUUUUGUUGUUUCCCUGCAUCUUCAAGAUUUUUUGGCUUUAUUUACGAUUACUGCUUAUGAAUGUAUAGUACUUCAUCGGUGCCUAUGGGUAUACUUCGUUGCCAAAGUAAAUGGCGAAGCUGCUCCGCUUCCUGGCUUACACCGCCGUUCUGUAGCUGAGUGACCCCGCAUUUGGUCUUGGAAUAUGGGUGGACUUUGGGUGACAGAUGACUGUUCAUUGCUUUCAGAGAUGCUCCACACAAUUCCAGAGCUGUGCUUCUUAUGCAUUUUCUAGAUAUUAAGACCUGAGCAAUUUUUUUUUGUACAAGAACCUGCUUCUCACAAGUGUGUUUUGGCACCUGUGGAAGAACCUGGAGCACAGUCAGUCCAGGGAUGAUGGACGUCCCCCUCAGGUGAAGACUUACUCUUUAUCAUGCUUUUUAUGAUUCUUCUUAUCAACUGCAAGCCACAGCUAGAGGGACAUUAAUAUCCUUUUAUCGGUCGAAACAACAGGUCUAUUUCCAGGCAACAGAAGCACUUGGUGACAAUCUUUUAAGAUUGAAGACCCUCUCUUGUGUCUCUUCAUACUUUUCAGAAAUAUAAACUUAAUAGGACAACAUCGAGAUUUUUGGAGCUAUGGUGGACUAACUACUGUGUUGUUUAAUUGUUUAGUUUCUGCCUAACUUGACAUAUGUCAUCCUCCAUUUCGAAAAGAUUUUUUUCCUAUUUGUAUGCUGUCAACUACUAUUUAUGACAUGUAAAGGCUUUGACAUGAAGGGCCAUGAAUAAAUAAAUGUUUACGGUGCCUUUUGAGAAGCUGCUGUUGUGGCUUUUUCCCGUUUCUCUUUCCAUCCUGAUGGUUCUUAAAAGAAGCCACGUAGAUCUUACUGUGACGCUGUUAAUAUUUUACCUCACUGGUGCCCAGCCCACCCUACAUCAGCACGGGGUAAUUAUAGGUUCCUUCAUCAGCAUUACCUCAUCUCUCGGUGUCUGGCUCCUGUCACUCUGUCAGCUCCACAGCGGCGUUCUUCACUUGUAUGUCAUCAACUCUUAUGCGCCACCGUUCAGCCUCCAACUGCUGC